CUUCGUCUUACUUCUGGUGUGCGGACUUGGUCAAGAUGUUUGCGCUCUCGAUCUACAAUGUCUUGAUCCUCGGUCUCUGGAUUUUGUUGUGCUGCCUCUUGAUUGCUAGGCUCUUCCGACCCCAAGGCAAAUAUCCAAAGCCUCCAGGGCCGCGUGGACUACCGAUUAUAGGAAACUUGUAUGAUAUUCCUACUGAACACGAACCGACAAUCUUCGGGGUCUGGCACAAUCUCUAUGGUGAUAUAUGCUCGGUAACCAUUUUCGGACGUACGACUAUCAUUCUCAAUUCACACAAGGCGGCUACCGAGAUGCUCUCAAAGAAGAGCCUCAACUACAGCGAUCGUCCAUAUUACACGAUGUGCGGAGACCUCGCAGGGUGGAAGUAUGCAAUAGUGCUGCUUCAAUACGCAGACAGGUUCAAGACAUACCGACGUAUGAUGCAUCAGGCUAGUCUUUUUUUUUGCCUCGUCAUUGGUAGCCGUUCCAAUGUGCUCCAGUUUAAGGGUCUUCUGGAGAGCGAGGCUGCGAAAGCGGUCCGCAGAUUGCUGGACGAGCCCGAUAACUACGUAGGAGUGUUGAGAAAAGCCGUCGGAUGCAGCGUUCUGCAGGUGACCUAUGGAUAUCAACCUAGGAACGAACACGACCCUCUCGUUAAGAUUGCAGAUGAGGCGACUUCACAGCUGGGAGUGCUUUUGGCGCCUGGAGGGUUUUUGGUAGACGUGCUUCCCUUCUUGAAGCACGUUCCUGAGUGGUUUCCGGGAGCCCGAUUUCAAACUUUCGCUCGCGAAUGCCGACAAACUGUUGACUCACUGGCCGAUAGCGCCUUUAGCUUCGUUCUUGGGCAAAUGGCGGCGGGAAAGUCAUCGCCUAACUUUGUCGCAAAUCUGCUGAACAGUGGCAACACAACCGCAGAGGACCGACACAGGAUUAAGUGGGCCGCAGAGAGCUUGUAUUCCGCCGGAGCCGACUCACCUGUAUCGGCCCUUUCGGUAUUCAUUCUCGCAAUGACCCUUUAUCCCGAAGCUCGUCGCAAAGCGCAGGCCGAGAUCGAUGCCGUCGUAGGUGACUCAAGACUUCCGACUAUGAACGAUCGAGACAGCUUGCCAUAUUGCAACGCUCUGGCAAAAGAGGUGAUCAGAUGGGGAACAACGUCGCCUCUUGGUGCUCCGCAUUGCGUCAGGGAGGACGACAUUCACGAUGGAUAUUUGAUUCCCAAAGGGUCUGUCGUCUUGGCGAACAUUUGGCAUUUUCUCCAUGACCCUGAGGUCUACAAGAAUCCAUGGAUGUUCAACCCUGACCGUCUGAUCCCAUCGCCGGGCAAGCCUGCGGAACAGGAUCCAUACGAGAUGUGCUUCGGAUACGGCAGGCGAUCAUGUCCAGGUACCCAUCUCGCGGAUGCGAUGAUGUUCCUGUUCUCCACAUCAAUCCUUUCCGUAUUCGAUAUCGAGAAGGCAAUUGAUGCAAACGGAAUGGAGAUCACACCUGAGUUUGCCUUCACGAGCGGAGCGUUGACCAAACCAAAGGAUUUCCCAUGUGUGAUCAGGCCAAGGUCUCACAAGGCUGAGGCCUUGAUCCGUUGUAUCGAGAUUUGAGGCGAAUGUCAGCAAAGUAUGUUAUUGAUAUUUGUAGAUAGUUCAUUGCGACGACUUGAGUGUACAUACUUUUUCGUGCUACGAGUGUUGUUGUACCAUCAUAGGCACUAGUAUGUGCUCGUACUCACCUCCUUCCAGUUGUAUCAGCGUUACCUACAACCUACACUUCUCCGUCCCCCUCUCGUCGUUCCGGGCCUCCAUGUCUGUAUAUUACUUUCCUACCUACGUCCGAUCGUCGUUGUGCAUUUCAACGCCCUCGACAGCUUUACGCCGAAUGUAUAACAAGUUGCGAACGCC